AUGGCUACAAUACCAGCACUAUUCAAGAAUAAUUCUGAUGUUCCUGUUGUUGUCAUCCCAGAUGAUGUUCAAUGUUCAUCUCUAGUCAAAGAAUUCUUCUCAGAUUUAUAUAUUACUAUGGAAAAGAAUAGGUGGACUGCAAAAUGUAAAAAGUGUUCAUUGCCUAUUAGUGAUACACUAAAAACAACUUCCAAUUUCGUAAAGCAUAUGAAGAAUAAACAUCAACAUAUGUAUGGAGAAUGGAAAAAUACUCAAGUUUCUUCCAGUAAAGAGAAUGAUCAACCAAAAAUAAACAAUAUUUUUAGUCCUGAUAGUGAAAAAUAUUCAACAGCUAACAAACGACAACAACAACUCACUAAUAGCAUUAUUCAAAAUCUUAUUAUUAAUAUGAGUCUUCCAUUAUCAAUUGUUGAUAAUGCAUCAUUCAAGCAUUUUAUGAAUGAUGUUGAUCCAAAAUAUAAACUAAUUAACAGACGAGAUAUUACUCGUUCAUAUUUGCCUGUUUUACACAAAAAAUGUGUAUCGAAAUUACAAGAUAUAUGUGCACGAUCAAAUUAUAUUAGCCUCACACUUGAUAUAUGGAGUGAUCGUCGGUUACGUUCAUACUUUGGUAUUACACUUCAUACCAUUAUUAAUGAUAUAUAUAAAUCCUUUCUUAUUUCAUUCGAACGACUCGAAGGAACACAUUCAGCUGAUAAAAUUGCAGCUGAAUUUGAUCGAGUCAUUCAGCUUUAUAACUUAAAAGACAAAGUGGUCCGGUUGAUCACAGAUAAUGCAAGUAACAAUUUAGCUGCUUUUGACAAUAUCAUUCUACCUGGUUUUGAAGAGUAUUUUGAAGAUGUGGUAGAUGAUCAAUUAGAUACUGAAUCAAGUAGCGAUGAAGAAACUGAUAUUACAUCUAAUGAAAGUAAACGUCUACAAACACAUGUAGUUGAUGAUAGUAUUUAUCAAACAACAUUGAAUCCAACAGCUGAAGAUGAAUAUUUACGUCUGCCAUGCUUUGCUCAUUGCCUCCAAUUAGUGGUGAAUGAUGGCAUUAAAGCUAGUAAUCCUGCAUUAUCAUCUCUCAAAAAGGUGGCUAGUUUAGCUAAACUUGCUCAUACUAGUACAAUAUUUAGUGAAAAAUUAGAAAAAGCUAAUUAUAGUAUUCCAAAAGCUAAUCGUACUAGAUGGAAUAGCCAAUUUCAUACAGUGAAGAGAGUUAUCAACAUUCCAUCGUCAACACUAAACACAAUUUUAAAUGAUAUGAAGAAAAAUGAUCUUAUACUUACUACUAAAGACAGAAAAAUUUUGGAAGAUUUUACAUCUUUAUUUGAAUUAUUUAAUGAAGCUACUGUAUUAACACAAGGUGAAACAUAUGCUACUGUAAGUUUUGUUGCUCCUACUGUUCUUGGCAUUCUAUUUGAUCUUGAACGUGAACUAGCUUCUUCAACUUUAACUCUUGUUUCUUUAUGUAAAGCUCUUAUCGCAUCUAUUAAGGCUAGAUUUAGUGGACUACUUCGUCAUUUUGAAAUUGAAGUGCCUUCCGACUCUUAUUGUAUGUCAGAAAGAUUUUCUGAUCCAAUUUUUCUUAUUUCUCCUCUUUUUGACGCACGCUUUAAAUUAUUAUGGCUUGAAAGUUUUCAUACUAUUGUUAAAUUGCGUGUUAUUGAAAAAAUUCGUAAUAUGUUUGUUCGUUUUUUUUUGUAA